AUGCAACAACAGACUUUGAAACACAUCCCCAACACCCGACCAUUGGCUCGAAGAUUCAACUCGCAGCACGUGGCACCCAUAUCUCCAUUUUCCUAUAUCCAUCAUGACGCAUUGUCCGAUGUAAGCAAAGAACAAAUCGCCAAGCAAUUGAAAAACUUGGGGCCAUUCCCCACAUACUCCAACAUCCUCAAUCCUCAGCAUUUUUUCCAAAACACAGUACUACUAGACUAUGUUAAGAAAAAGCCCCAUCCAGUGUCGUUGCGACAGCUUGCUGGAUUUGGAAACACGUUGACGAAACAGAAAAUCAUCAAUAGCGCCAAUUUCGUUCGCAUGGAACUACCUAUUCGUUUGGCGAUCAGGAUACGAGACUUGCAGACAUUGCCAUUUGGAGUGGUCAACAAUUACCACUUGGCCCAGCUUUACGAAAGCUACUACCACCUGUUCAACGCUUUUAGAAAGAUACCUCAAAUACAAACAAUUGAAGAGAAUGAGAAAUUCUGCCAGACCUUGUCCACGUUGUUGGACGACCAUAUGUUUAAUUUAUCCCAUUUGAUGAUGGGCGCUUUGGAAGUAUCAAUUGCUGAAAGUUUACCACAAGACGAGUUGGAUUCGUUUAUGAGCUCAAUGAUGAGAUCAAGAAUUAGCCGAAGAGUCAUUGUUGAGGAACAUUUAUCUCUAAGUGAAAACUACAGAAAAAACCCCUAUGCUAAAAAACCGCCCCACUAUCUCGGUGAGAUUUUCCAAGAUUGCAACGCAGUGGAUCAUUUCAAUCAGGUUUUCGACAACGUCAAGGCAUCAUUCAUUGAGAGAAUGCCUGAGUUAAAAGAACGGUUCCCUGCGUUGGAAUUAGAGGGAGAUUUGCAAUGUCACUUUCAGUUUAUGGUGCCGCACCUACACUUUAUGCUUCAUGAGAUUCUUAAAAACGCCGUUGAAGCCACAAUCCAGACGCAUGGUAAAGACAGCGGCCACACAAACAAGUUGCCUCCUGUUAAGGUCACCAUCAUCGAUCUGAAAAAGGAGGUACAAAUGAGGAUUUCUGACCAAGGAGGCGGACUCAGUCAUAGCACCUUGCAGCAGGUCUUUUCCUUUGGGAAAAACCCUACUCUCGCUAGGAAAAGUCUUGCCAACUUCCAUCAAAUCCCCGGCUUGCAGUUGCGCUCCAAUUUGAAAGUUACCGCGGGCGGAUCGUCGAUUAUAUCGUCACCAUCAACAGGUAACGGGGUUGAGGAGAAUGUGUAUUCAACAAGGGAAAAGGCGUCGACGUUGCAAGAAUUGAUGUCGAGACCACACGAACACACAUUGGGCAUGGGUUUGCCCACCUGUUCCGUGUAUGCAGACUACUGGAACGGGAAGUUGCUGAUGAACUCUUUGGACGGCUACGGUAGUGACACAUCAUUGACUUUGCGCAAGCUCGGUUAUCACAGUAACGUUAUCCAACUCGAUAGGGCAUAA